AUGAGCUUUCCCGGGAUCGACAGCAUGUUAAGUUAUGGAAAAACAUUAAUGCGAUAUUUACUAAAUGUUACAAAGACAAAAAAAGCCGAUGCCAAAAAGUAUUUUAAGCGAAAGGGAGGGGAGCUGAAUCUUGAGGAAGUAGGUUGCUAUAUAUAUAAAGCUCAUAUAGAUAGAAAUGAGAAUUUUGAUAGCCUGGAAUACGAGCCACAAUAUUUAUUCGGAAAAGUGUUAGUUGCUCGACAAGGACAUAUCAAAGGGAUUGAGCAUAAGCCUUCCAAUAGAACCUCAAACUAUUGUGAGGGAGAGUCCUCACAACCACAACCAAUGGAGGUGGAUGUUCAUGUUGAUAUUAUUAUAAAAAACCCGACAUAUAGCAAAAUAUUUUUUAAGUGGUUUUAUUCGAUGUCAAUAAAAGGUGGGGGUUGAGAUGGCGGGGAUAUUAGGGGUCAUGACGAGGAGAAUGAUGGACCUGAAGACGAUGAUGUGGAUUAUUUAUUUUAUGUUUAUUAUGUUGUACGUUUGUUAAUGACUAAAUAUUUUAUCGUCAUAUUUUUAUUAAGUAUAUCAUGG